UAGUCAAUAUGGGUCGCAUGCACACUCCCGGUAAAGGUAUCUCUAGCAGUGCCCUUCCUUAUCGUCGUACUCCUCCUUCUUGGGUCAAGACCACUCCUGAAGAAGUUGUUGACAUGAUCUGCAAGAACGCCAAGAAGGGUCUCUCCCCCGCUCAAAUCGGUGUUGUCCUUCGUGACUCUCACGGUAUUCCUCAAGUGAAGGGUGUUACCGGUAACAAGAUUCUUCGUAUCCUCAAGUCCAACGGUCUUGCUCCCGAAAUUCCUGAAGAUUUGUAUCACUUGAUCAAGAAGGCUGUGUCUAUCCGUAAGCAUAUGGAACGUAACCGCAAGGACAAGGGUUCCAAGUACCGUUUGAUUCUUAUUGAAUCUCGUAUUCACCGUCUUGCUCGUUACUACAAGACUUCCGGUCAAUUGCCUCCCAACUGGAAAUAGUAUCCUUUUUUAUAUUAUUAUUAUUUACUAAUUUUUAAAUCAUAUUUUUUAUACUAUAUUUGACAUUACGCCUGUAGUUUGUUGCAUUCUCCUUUUUUUUUUUUAUGGGGGUUGCACUUGCUCGGUAACUGUCUUUCCUUAACCUCUAUUUUUACUUUUAUA